AUGACUUUUGGCAAUACCGUAGAAUUAAUAAUAUCGAUAAUAGCUUUAACAAAGGGACAAAUUUGCGUUGUUCAGGAUUCAGUGCUUGGAUCUGUACUUUCAAAUAUUUUGGUAGUGUUGGGGUUAUGUUUUCUCUUUGGUGGUAUCACCAUUUUUAAAGAAGGUCGUUUAAAACAAAAUUUUGAUUCAACUGUAGCACAAGCAAGUUCAAGUGUGAUGACUUUAGCAUGCAUUGCCUUAAUAGUAUCUGCAGUAUUUAGUCUUGCUAUUGAUGGAAAUUCUAAUAAUACUCUCAUGACAGUUGUAAUAGCAUUUUCUGCCGAAUUUCUUGUUAGUUCAAUUGAAGAAGUUGUCACGUCUCAUAGUUUAAGCAAAACCUUCAUUGGGUUAGUUUUACUAUCUAUUAUUAGAAAUGCUGCUGAGCAUACAACUUCUGUCAAAAUUGCAAUGAAGGACAGAAUGGAUUUUGCUAUUAGCGUUGCAGUUGGCAGUUUAACACAAAUCGCAUUAUUUGUUACUCCUCUAUUAGUGAUAUUAGGAUGGAUUAUAGGUCAACCGAUAUCAUUAUUCUUUUUACCUUUUGAAACCGUAUGUUUAUUUAUUGCAGUUUUACUCUCAAAUUACUUGGUGCAGAUGGAAAAUCAAAUUGGUUAG